UCUCUCUCUGCGCUGGGAUCUAUCUGCUCUACCUUACCGGCCUAGCUACCUACCUACCUUACUUUACAUGCCCGCGCUACGACGGGAGACAAUAACUCAUCUGUUGUCUUUCCUUGUCCACCUGACUUUGUUCAUCUUUUCCUGAAUUCUCUCAUCCUGCCUCGCGUUGCCGUUCCUUUCGUAGCUCGUUUUCUCAACACCCGCAUUUGCUAAGCUCUUCAUCCUUUGUAUCUUCAACUUCCUCCAUCGCCAUCAGUCUCUUUGACGACGAGGCGGGGAUUGGAGCAACAGAACCCCACUCACCUUGCUCGUCACCUCUUCCCGACCCCUUCAUCAUCCCUCUCAACAUUACGACAUCGUGAAUCUCCAAAGCUGCUCGACAUCCACCUUGAUUCGCGAGAUUCCUGUCGCCUUUUGAUUUUCUCUGGUCUCUUAUUAUAUCAAGAAUUGGGCCCUUGUACCGCGCCUGGUCCCCUGAUCUAUAGAGCCCUACAGGAUAUCGUCAUCCUGCUUGAUCAUAUCUUCUCAGGUCGAAGGGUCUAGUUACCAGGAUUCAACGUGAGUGAUAAGCCUGUUUCUUCCUGUCCCACCCUUUCCCACCUGCAAUGGAAAUUUGGUCACAAGAGCUGUGCGCUUAGAGCUGUCUGGGCACUCCAUUCAACGAGAAAUCGUUGAGGAUGGCCGGCUCUGCACGUAUUAAUUGAUACCCAAGCUCUGCCGUUGCACCCAUCCCCCCAAUUCGAGUUCCUUUCAACGUUUCACCAUCCCCUUCAUCUUGUCCUCCGUAGCUUCAUUUCUUUGAUCUGUGCAUGGGCUCUGCACCAGGGUCUUGAUCUUAGGCCCCGCCACAACACGUCACUUUACAAGCGUGGAUUGCAGCCCACGUCCAGCUUCACCUCUAGCGCAUGCCCCCCGGGACUUUUCCUGUACGCAACAUCCCUUGUCGUCCAGAUGCCAUUGAUGUUUGUUCCUAGCUUCAGCUGCAGCUCUCUCUGACACUCCUACAAGCUUGUCUAUCUGUUGAUUUAGCCAUAAGAGCGCCUCAGUAGCUGUAAGUCAAGACAUCAUUCCUGUGAAGCACCACGUUGCCACUUACUAUUAUCUCUUCAUUUCCUACGCACAUCCCUUGUUCGCUUUUGGUUCCAAUCAUUGACCUUUGAUGACCCUCGCCCAUUACUCGAUGUAUUUUCUAUAGUAAACAUUUUCAAAACUGGGAAGCUAACGAAACCCGAAAAUAGACAAUUGACGACGAGUAAGCUCUCCUCAUUCGCCCCGCGAUACCCCUCACCUGCGUCGACCUUCGAUACUCGGCAGGGAUCGAUUCUCUGGCUAUUUGUCGAUAGCUUCAGAACACAUCUGAAGAAAACAAACUUUGUUUCAACUCUAAAUCAUGUCUGGGCCCUUUUCCAGCCCCUUUGGGGAGAACAGCAACCCUUUUGGAACGGACAGGGGAAAGAGGACGAACACUGCAAUCCAUGCUGUUGCCGAAGAAGAUGAGAACGAUACCAUCACAUCUCCUACAAACCCUCGAUUUGGGUCUUCGCCAAACUCCGCCUCCAUGUUCUCUGGCCCUUUCGGUGGUGGUUUUGGAGGAGACUCUUCAGCUGAGGCACCUCCUCCAUCGCGUAACCUCCCAAACCCCGAUAGCUACCCUGCUCAGUACAAUUUUGGUCGCCGAACAUCAGUUUCUGCCGAAUCUCUGAAGCCAAGUGCUGAUUCAUAUGACAAUUGGUCACCACCUUAUCACGAGAAGUCUGCGGACCAGCUUGAACGUCUUAAACGUGCUAUUGAAGGAAACUUCCUUUUCAGCCACCUCGAGGAUGAACAGAGCGCUCAGAUUCUGGGUGCUCUUGUUGAAAAGCCGAUACCAGCUAAAGGUAUCAAGGUUAUUAGCCAGGGCGAUGCGGGGGAUUAUUUUUAUGUCGUCGAGAAGGGAUCUUUCGACGUAUAUGUCAAUCCUACUGGCUCGCUUCAACCCGGUCCGGAUGGCAUGGGUAACCAAGUCGGCAACAUUCAGGCUGGUGGUUCGUUCGGAGAACUGGCACUGAUGUACAAUGCACCUCGAGCUGCGACUGUUGUCUCAGCUGAGUCCGGUUGCACUGUAUGGGCACUCGAUCGUGUUACCUUCCGCCGUAUUCUUAUGGAGUCGACCUUCGCUCGGAGACGCAUGUAUGAGAGCUUCCUUGAGGAAGUUCCACUUCUUGCAAGUUUGAACCCAUACGAGCGCUCCAAAAUUGCCGAUGCCCUUGAAACAAAGAAAUUUGCAGCAGGCGAGGUCAUCAUCAACGAAGGAGACCCCGGCCAUGCAUUCUACCUUCUGGAGAGUGGUGAAGCAGAUGCCUACAUUGGACAGCCUGACAACAAGGUUCGCCAUUACAAGAAGGGUGAUUACUUCGGCGAGCUUGCCCUGCUUAAUGACGCCCCGCGAGCAGCUAGUAUCGUUGCCACGUCUCCAGUCAAGGUUGGUAGCCUGGGUAAGAACGCUUUCCAGCGACUUCUGGGCCCUGUAGAGGGCAUCUUACGAAGGACCAAGUAUCAGGGCGUUGCAACCGGUGUCGAAGAGAUGGAUCCUCUCCACACCGGCUAAGUCAAUAGGGAGGAUAUAUGAAAGCAUGAAACUGAGGUUUGUUGGACACGCCGGGAAUCCCCAUCAUUGGCCUUAGUAGUGCUGUUGGGUUUGCCUCGUGCUGGUUGGGUGUAAAUGUUGAUGGCGAUGCGCCUAGGGUUGGGUUGAGAAAUGAACGACGGAGGAAUUAACUUUGACAUGGCGUUUUGUGAGGUUUUCUACCACCUUCGCUUCCCUGAGACAAGUAUUGCUAGUGAUCAGAGACCUUGGUUGACAUCAAUAUCAUUAUGCUAUAUCUCUCCACACCAUGAGCAGUAAAAGGCAACGAGAUUGAGAUUAGAAAGUAACCAUUGACGACCAAUCUAUUAAAUUAGAGGAAAUCCGUUAGACUUUAGUCUGUGUGGCUUCCUUGAAAGAUUCUAAACCGAAGCUUGAAAAGACAAUUUUGGUAUCAAAACGCCUGAGUUAAUGAGGAAAAUCCUACAAACCGAUCGGACUGCCUCUACAUGUUCCAUGUUAAGCGUACUAGUUACUGCCCCUGAUCGUCUGUGGCCCUCCGCGU